CAAACAUACCUCAGUCGGACCGAGUCUUCAGUCCAGCUGAAAGUUCUGGAGACGAACGGGGGCCAGAGGAGACCAGAGUCCGAAGGGUGAGACUGGAUUUGAAACCAAAGAAAACAAGACACGGAGACUAUUUUGAUUUGAACUCACAGACAGACAAAAGGACCUGAGGACUCGGUUUGAUUCGGCUUUGUUCGCCUCAACUCCGGAUAUAAAGAAAAAGAAGAAAAGGAAAAAAGUUUCCUUUUUAUUAUUUUUUUAUCAAAAGUUUUUCGGUUUGGUUUUAUGCCAGUCUUCAGUCAGUGUGUUUUAAUUCAGUCUAAAGAAGAAGCUCAACAACUAACAGCUGACUGACUGACGACAGGUUGCGCAAUCUAGACAAUAAUAAAACGAAGACAAAGACGUCAUCGCCGACCAGUAAAGCCCCAGUCCUCCCAGUAUCAGAGCUGCCAGUUUAGUUUACUUUAAAUACAGGAAACCUUUAGUUUGUGUGUCUUCAGCAACUUCAGCUCCAAACACACAGACAGAAAGAGACCACCAGGACCACGAGGGCUCUACUGCUUAUCUACUGGAUCUACUGGUUUCUUGUAGACCUACCAUCUGGACCAGUCUGUUUGAAGAACACAAGAUGAGCAUUGGCGUGGCCACAGCCAGGUCUCAGCUCUGUCUGAAGAGGCUGCUGGAUGAGCCCCAGGAUAAACUACUGGAGUGUAAACGAGCCCGUCUAGCUCCGCCACCUCCAACGCCCGGACUGUCACCCUGCCUCAGGCCCAGAAGCCCCACCCCCAAGUCAAGCCAAAGCCAAUCGCCAUCCAGAGUUGGACCGUACAUCCUGUUUGAACGCUGUGAGGGAGAGGAGACAUACAGGGCUGUCCACGCACACACACAACAGCAGUACACCUGCCAGGUGCUCCCUCUGCGUGGCUACCAGGAGCACUUGGCUGCCUAUGCCCGGAUUGGUCACCACGACAACAUCUGUGGCCUGCAGGACGUGGUGAUUGGCCAGGACAGUGUGUAUGUCUUUCUGCCCAAUCACCAUGGCGACAUGCACGCAUACGUGCGCAACAGGAAGCGUUUGGGUGAGGAGGAGGCGGGGCUUCUGUUCACUCAGAUGCUGAAUGCUGUGAUGCACUGCCAUUGCCAUGGAGUCGUCCUGAGAGAUCUGAAGCUCCGCAGGUUCGUCUUCACUGACAGAUACAGGACUCACCUCGCUCUGCUCGGCCUUGACGACUGUGUCCUCCUGCAUGGUGACCACAGCGACGACUCCCUCACAGACAGACAUGGCUGCCCUGCAUAUGUUGGUCCCGAGCUGCUGACCAAUGGGGGCGGGUCUUACUCGGGCCGCGCCGCAGACAUCUGGAGCUUGGGCGUGUCUCUGUACACCAUGCUGAUUGGACGAUACCCGUUUCAGGACACGCAGCCUGCCGCGCUGUUCGCCAAGAUCCGCCGGGGGACCUUCAGCCUGCCCGACUGGCUGUCGCCGCGGGCCAAGUGUCUGAUUGGCUGUAUGCUGAGGAAGUCACCUGCUGAGAGACUGGAGGCGUCUGAGCUGCUGAUGCACCCGUGGCUGACCAAUCCCUGCGCGCCUCAUCACAGUGUGCACAAGACGCAUCACAGCUCACAUGCACCACCACAGAAUAAACAAGAGGAUGAUGAUGACCAAGUCGUGCCAACAUGGACUAAAAAACACUAACACACACUUAUUCACACAUUUGUACUUCUAUACUUGUGAGGACCCUCACUGAGUGCAUCCCCAAGUCCCAAACACUAACUUUAACUAUUACAACCAAAUAACCCCAGUCUGCAUACUAAACAUGAUUCUAACUUUAACCCUGAUGCCGCCUUCACUCCCAACUCGUUUGGUUCAGUUUACCUGGUGCAGGGUUUGUUUGAAUUGAUGGAUCCUGGUGCAAAUUAAAAAAACUGGACCCAGACUGUCUAAAAAAAGAAGGUCUCAGUCUGUGUCCAAGCAAACACUCCGAAAACAAAGGGACCAACCAUAGGAUGUGGUUGUAGUUGAAGUGAUUUUAAAAGCAAAAACUAAAAAAUGUAAUCCAUCUGCUGAUUGUGAACUAUUCAAGAAGUGUCCUAUAAGUACUUUUGAUCUAAUAAUACUAAUAAUGUUCAUUAUCAGCUGGUCCUUUGAGGGCUUUUUGUGAAACCAUGUGGGCGCUAAUCAGUUAGUGUUCUGUUAGUCCAUAGGACAUGAACACAAACUAGAACUAAAAGGCUGCAACAGGUCAUUUUAUUUCCUUGUCUGGACCAAAUGAACCAAACUACAGGUGUGAGAGCGACCUAAAACAGUCAAAUGUCCUCACUCCCACCGUCAAAAACUCAAACUGGUCCUCACAAAGAUAGACAUACAAGAACACACACACACUACCGAGACAGUUUGAUCCUGGAUUACUUGACCCUCAGGUGCCUUCCUCACUAUGUAGCUGUGUCUGCCUCCUCAGAGGUGACCACACUUCAAGGUCUGAACCUCCUCGUCUUCCACAGAUCAUCUGAACUACAGAACUUCCACCAGUACCCGGGCACAAACCAGAGCUAACGGUGUGUUCAGGUGCUCCUCGUCAACUCGUAAACAGUUGCAUCCAGGUGUUAAACUGGAGAGCGUGCGAGUUGAGACGUUUCUAUCUUUAAUCAGUCUACAUGUGUUUACAUGCUCUUAAAUGAUAACUGGUUAUCUUCUACAUUUUUAUUUCUGUCAACAAAUCCCAUAAAAACACAAAAUACCUGAUUUGUCUUAUUCCUCUGUUCUGUUGAGUGCCACAGACAGGAUGGGGGAAAUCAGAGAGAACUGAGACCAACUAACACAAAGUUGGUCCAUUUUUUCACAGGAUUUGUUGACAAACUCAGUUUACAGUUGGCUCUCUCCAGUAAGCUGAUUUCUUAAAAGUAAAGUAAAUGAGAAACCUGGUCACCAUAAGUAGAAGAAGCUGAUUUCCCCAGAUAUCUCCUGGAGAAUGAUAAUAGAUUUUUUUGGCCACAUGUAAUCGUAACCAGGUUUCUAAUUUAUUUUUUUUUACUAGCGCACAUGCGCAUGACAGACUUUAAAAAAUGAAAGUAGGUGAAUCAUAGUAGAAAUAAUUACACAUUUUUGCUCUUGUAUUCAAAAUAACUAAAUCCAAAGUCUGACUGACACUAUCAAAGUAGCCUGUAGUGUGUAAGUCUAAACAAGUCAGUUUUCAGAGGUGAGCAUGUGAACAUAAUAAGGGGCAACUUCUGUGACUAAAUUAAGAAAUACAUGCUUCCAAAAUAAAGUCAGAGCCGCUGCAUGUAUCCACAGGUUUAUAAUAACCAGGUUACUCCAUGCAUGUAAACACAUUUUCUGAUUAGCUGCAUAACCUGGUUUCUCUGAGUGACCUAGUUCUUUAAAUGCAUGUAAAUGUAGUGUGUCCUGGUGUGUGUGAGUAAGUGUCACAGCCUCCACACAUAGCAAACUGUGGACUCCAUCCUGCAGGGGCUAUUUCUUUGGUCUGUUUUCCACAAUUUCUGAUUCAAGGAGUUGAUGAAGAUGCCUGGACACACCACUGGUUUUAAAAAUGUGGACUCUGAAGGAGCCUAAAAUGGGACACAGCUUCUUUCUCUCUCAGUAUUUUACCUUUCCUAGUUCUUCCUUAGGAUUAUAAGAGAAGAAUGGUCAGUUUUGUUGGCGCACAAAGUCAGCAACCAGCAAAGAGCCAACAUGAUUGCUAAAAACAAGCCUGUUAUCUCAGGAUCAAAACUUCAUUUGCAAAUUGUAUUUUUGUGGUUCUCAUGAGAACAGUUAUCCCGAAAUGACAGUUAACUCAUUUUUGUUCUUAAGAUACAAAUUCAUAAAUAGUUUUCUUGUGACAUGACGUCUAAACUUUGCCCAGAGAACAAACAUGUUUGUCACUGUAAUAAUAAGAAAAUACAGGUCAGGCUUAUUUAAGGAACACCUCUUGUUCUUGAGGCCCAAAGGACUGAGCCCAUGACAAAAGUGGCUUCGCUUUACCGCCAUCCCAAAAAUAACAGCUCAGUUCAUCUGAGAUCAUGAGACAACAAUUUCUGAUACGUCAACCUAACAGCAUAAUUGCAUCUCAGGAAACAGGAACAGAACAUGUGUUGAUUCAUAAUAAGGAAAUAGUUGUGUUCUUGAGAUAACUGGACUGAAAUUAUUCCCAACCUCUCAAGUCUUGUGUUUCCUGUGACUAAGUCUGGACAAUCGCUAUCCAACAGACCUGCAGCAGCCAGUAGGAUGCCUUACACUGAAAUACUGUAUGAUUCAGACCUCAGUUACAGCUGGACAAUAAAUAAAGAUGUUUAACAAAC